AGAAUCAUGUCUGCACCAGAGGCUACGCAGCAGGAGAUGAAGGAGGCCCGCCUGGACCUCGCCUUCCGCGACGGGUGCGCCCACCUCCUCAUCCCGCUCAACCAGUGCCGCCGGUCGACCCUCUACAUGCCCUUCAAGUGCACCGACGAGCGCCACACCUACGAGAAGUGCCAGUACGAUGAGUACAUCAAGCGGGUCAAGCUCAUGAUGCGCAAGAAGCAGGAGGACGGCAACUCGCCGCUAGCCCCCUGGCAGCGCGCCUGAGCUUUGUCGGCCCAAGUCUCCGCCACUCUCCGCCUCACCGCUCACCGCUCACCGCUCACCGGAAAGCUGUGCUCUUUGUUCUCCGCUCUGUCCUCUCGCUGCAUCUGCUUGCGCCUGGGCUCUGAUUUCCGCUCCGGCGCACGGCUCUUGCCGCGCUGUCCUCGCCACCCACCUCUGCACCACCACCCACCCGCAUCCGACCCAUCUCCCACUCCCCGCUCCUGGUUGCUGCCCCUCUCGAGCUGCUCUCAUUCCGACAGACCACCUUUAUCCGUGCUCUUGCUCGAUUGUGCGCAAGGCACGGCGCCAGUCCGUCUCUCACGCUCGCGCUCGGCUUCCAGUGGCGAUCGGCCUGCGGGUCCAGCCAAGCCCAG